AUAUCACAAAAUUACCUACAACAAUCUAAAAACAAUAUGAAAUUCAUAAUCCUGUUUAUUAUAAUAUCAGCAAUUAUUGCAUGCUGUCAAGUUCGGGCUCAGGGUAAUCCUCUAUAUACAGGACAACCUGGUUGUUUAACAGAAGAAGAAUUGACUGUUGCUCUGUAUCCACAUUUUCGCAAUAAACGUGCUUAUUGGAAGUGUUCGGUGUUGGGUCAAGCAGCUGCUUUGGAAUUCUGUCCAAUUGCUGAAGGUUUUUUGGCAGUCGAAAGAACUUGUGUGCCAUGGAUCAACUGGUAUUGGACACCAACUGUAGCACCUCCAAGUUCACCAAUACAACCAAAUGAAGAACUACCUUCCCAAUAAUUUACUUUUAAUUAUAAAUUAGUGAAAUAUCUUAAUUGCUUGCAGAACAUUUUAGAUAUUGUUUUAAAUUAGAGAGAAUUGGUUUAGUAUUGCUUUUAUUAAAUAAAUGCACCUGUUCCUUUGGAAAAAAAAA